CUAGCUUCACAGUGCUGCGCCAUCAUUCGAACGGAAAAGGUGAUCUUUGUGUGCUGACUGCCGACUCGCAACCGUUAAGCACGGUUCUAGCGAACUCCGAUUCCGACGCCCAUCCAUCACCCGGACGGGAUCAAUUUUGCUUGUGAUCAACACCAGUCAGUCAGCGCUAUGCCUGACUGCAGCAAUGGAGAAACGUUUCAAUUCGAUAAACGGCCAAAUUAGUUUCGCGAACAUUUUCCAUUAAGACGCUUGUGGUCGAAAGCGCAAUUGCAAUUGGAAGAAGGCGAGAGAGAGAGAGCGAGUGAGAGGUGCAUAAUUGCUAUGUGCAUUUGUUUUCCGCGCUCAGUCAACCAUCCAUCCGUCAGCACUUUAGAACGUGGCGCUCCAGGUCUGUUCUUGCCGAGUCCGGUUGAGGAUCAGUUAUCAGUGCAAGUCUACCUAGCAAACGCUGCACAAGUGGCGCAUUUUUGUGCGAUAAGAAUUUAGUGAGAAGUGUGACGCACCGAAUCUCGAUCCACUGCUACCUGAAUAUCCUUGGGGCCUGUUGUGUGUUUGUCUGUGUUUGUGCUAAAAAAUUCGGCAAUGUCUUCAGUUGUUGAAAAGAACAAUGUUCGAUUGGAGAGUCGAUCGAAAAUGUUUCUACGAAGCAACUCGUUCCAGAAGUUGUGCUCGCUGGCGCAUCCCAUCAGGCUGAAAGGGUUCAAGUCGAACAAGGAAGCCCUAAAGUCAAUCUUCGAAUCGCUCAUCGUCACGACACGUGGCGUCAUCCAGUCGGUCACGUACCGAAUUUUGUGCUUUCUGUUCCUAACGCCGUUCACCCGGCUGGUGGACCAGACUCUGAGCAAACUAUCCGGCCAGGAUGGGAAAUUUAGUACCGUGAGGUUAAUUCUCAAGCUGACACUGUCCACGAUUGUAUCUACUGAUGAGGCCAAAGAAAAAUGCGAUAACGAUGAUUCCGACCGCCGACUGGUGGAGGUCCCAACGGCAACCCAAUGUGUGGAUACUGGAAUCCAAACGGAAAACGAAAUACCUGCUGAUGAGACGCUGACCAAUCCUGCAACCACGGAACAGUUCUUCGACUGCACGGAUGAUACUACACCGAGACCUACGAUCGGAGAACUUCGUUGUCAGUUUCUGGAAAACUCACUUCCUCUUGCUUCCGGAUCCUCGCGAAACCCGCCCGCCCUGAACCUGCUCGUGUAUGGCUGUGUGGUGUGCUGCUUCGGCCAGUUAUCAGUGCUUGCCUAUUUGCUGAACGUGGCCGCCACGAUUCCUCCCGGGCUGAUAUUUCUUAUUUUGGCACUCAGCUACAUCGGAUACGUUAUGAUGAGGAUAUUUCUGAAUCAAUGCCUCCCAACUAGAGCGGAUCCGGUGAAAAUGACGACAACGACGAUGGCACUGGUACCAGUAACAGCGGCAAUCACCCGGAAAUGCUCAAAACCCAAAGGAAUCCACCCAAUUCUGGCAGCUGUUCGGAAGCAUGUGGCCUCGGUGCUGCAGCGGGACAGUAACCUGGUGCCAAUCACCGAUUCGCCAAGGAUGAGCCGCCGAUCGAAUGCAGCCAGGCGGAAUCGAGUGCUGCUCUGCACUCACGAUAAAACUAUCAGUAAAAUGAAAAUACUCUAGGAAGCAGGAAUCGAACACACCGAAAACACAGAGAAAAAAAAAAACACAUUUGUACAAGCAAGGCUUUUGGGAGACGUUUUCAAUGCCAGCCCAGACUGAAAAACGAAUACAUCACAAUAAUAAUGAAAAAAACAAAAAUACAAUAUAGCAGCGGCAAAACAUGAAACCAACCAAAACCAGCAUGUUAGAAAUGCAUGUUGGCCGCGCAAAUGUCACACACCCCAGCCUUUCGGGUGCCAUCGCCAUCACCAACCACAUCAUCAUCAUUAUCCGGGCGCUGAAGUGUAAUUCAGUGGAAAAAUUGUCAUGUAAAGAAAUAACACAUCGUAAAUCGAUUCACAAUCCGCCAGUUGGUGCAAUAAAAAUAGAUCAUAUUAUGAACAAUAAUUGCCCACGCCCAACAACCCAAUCGGACAUUUGGCGUGCAUAAACAGCACGCUGAUAUUCACCGUCAGGCGUACCACCGUAUCCUACCUAAAUCGAUUAGGCCGUUUUAUUUUAACCCGUUUUGGUGAGUGUUCCACAUGGAAUAGGGACAGUCAACCUCAAAACAUCACUCGCAUCCGAUUGGCACCUAUCGCGUCGUGGCUGGCAGGAUAGCACCGGGAGAGAAAGGAACUUAACGUUUUGUAGCAUGUGGCAAACUUUUGCUCAACCACUUUAAUACCAAAUAAAAUAAAACAAAAUAUGAAAUAAACCUCUAACUACCGUUACGUGAGCUGAAACUGUAUAAGAUUACGAGACUUAAACCUCCACUAUAUGUCUAGAAUUGUUGUCAAACAUUGUAAUUAGCUAAGAAUAAAAUGAUGAUAAUUGGCUGCUAAA